AUGGCAAGCCUCCGCGGGCUAUCGAGACAGGCCCGCGGCCUUCCGCUGCCCCAAUUAGCACGCAGCCCGUACGCAGUAGGGCCACCGUCACGAUGCGCCUCAUCACAAGCCGCCGCCGAGUCACCAUCCGCCCUCCACGACCUCGAGAACUCGACGCUCACGAGGCAGCAGUUGAGUGAGGAGGAGAAGAAGCAGUUUAGGCCAUGGAAGCGCGCGGCCGACAGGAAAGGAUCACUUCCCAGCUCGAAUUACCAAUACCACCCGCCCAAAUACAACCGCGGCCCCCUUCACCCCAUACAGUCGCCUCCCUCCUCAGAUCCGGUCGCGCGAGACUUCGUCCCAGGACCCUUCAACCACCCACGCCUUAAGCAGACCUACACCACAACCAUUGCGCCCGAUCUCAUGACCCUGGCGUACAUGCACGUACCGCCAGGCACACCUAAGAAGGAGCCAGCACAGCGUUUGCGUGGAUGGGACGGCUCGUCUCCGUAUCACAAGAAUCGUGCGCUGCGCGGGCCUCGUGGCGGUGCGGCUCUGCCGCUGAUCGAGCGCGAUAUCACCUUCACAAACAUCCCCGCCAUCCGCGAGAUCACCGUGGCGAGCUACGUACCAGUAGCGGUCCAGGAUCCGGAUCACCUGCUGGUGGCGCGGACUGUGUUACUGGCGAUGACGGGGACGACGCCUGAAAUUACGAAGACCAAAAGCAACGUGGUACAAUGGGCGCUCCGGAAGGGCGAGCGUGCUGGUGUGAAGGCUACGGUGUACGGCAAUGAUGCGUAUGAGUUCCUAGAUCGGUGUGUACAUUUGGUGUUUCCGAGAAUUAGGGACUAUAUGGGGAUUAAGGCAUCGACGGGUGAUAGCUCUGGUAAUCUCUCGUUCGGCCUGACGCCGGAGGAGAUCAAGUUGUUCCCAGAGGUGGAAGCUAAUUACUGGCUGUACCCGCCCAAGAUGAUUCCCGGUGCGCGCAUCUUCAUCAAGACGACUGCAACCUCGGAUCGACAGGCACGGCUUCUGCUGCAGUCUUUCGGUGUCCCCUUCUACGGCAAGAUCCGGAACUAG